AUGCCAAAACCAUCUUCCACAAGCUGUUCCAUACCAUCAAGCAUCUCAACCACAUGGCUGUCCGUCACUGUGGAUCACCUGAUACCAGCAAUUAUUGGGUACAGUUGGCGCCUAUUAGUCGUCUAUGGCCAUAAUCCGGAUAAAUGGUCACGAGACCCCUACUGGACGCUCACCCACAGGCUGAAUUGUGAAGUAGAAAGCUCAAUUUAUAACGAACAAGAAAUUCUUUACAUUAUGCAUCUACUAGUCGACACUGAUACCCUUGCGCGUGUCGUAUCCUCCAAGCUUUCCGGAAACGAAACUGCAUGGACACUUCAGGAAGAAUGCGGCGUUUCGGAAACCACCAGCUUCUUACGACUCGUGAAUAUGGCUGAGGAGCGCAAGGUCAUAGUCGGUGUUACUACGCCUUCUGUCGAGGGCGAGUGGAACAUAGCUUUGCUUCGGAAGAAAUUCGACCAAAAUGUUUCCUUCCUAAAGUAUGCAAGUG